CAUCCACACACUCACACCCCACCCCCUAGUCUGGCUGGGAAUUUGAACCGAUCCAGCCUGUUUAAACGGAAAGGACACAGAUCUUCAAUGUAAAAAAAAAAUCAGAUCAGACCCAGAGAGAGAGAGAGACGGAGAGGGAGGAGUGUGUGUGUGUGUGAGUGUGUGUGUGUGUGUGUGUGUGAAAGAGGGAGAGGGAGCGAGAGCGAGGGAGAGAGGGAGAGAGAGAGAGAGAGGGAGAGAGGGAGGGAGAGAGAAAAGAAGAGGGGGGAAAAAAGGAAAGAAGAUUUUCUCUAUGUAUAUAAAGAUGGCCACGUUAGCAAACGGACAACCAGACAAUACCAGCCUGAGUAGCAAUCACAGCAACCCCAGCACCAACGGGCAUAUGAACGGAUUAAACCAUAGUCCCGGAAACCCAUCCACCAUCCCAAUGAAGGACCACGAUGCCAUUAAGCUCUUUAUUGGGCAGAUCCCCCGUAACCUGGACGAGAAAGACCUCAAACCGCUCUUCGAGGAGUUCGGGAAGAUCUAUGAACUGACGGUGCUGAAGGACAGGUUCACUGGCAUGCACAAAGGCUGUGCCUUCUUAACAUACUGCGAAAGGGAGUCUGCUCUAAAGGCCCAGAGUGCACUGCAUGAACAGAAGACACUUCCAGGGAUGAACAGACCAAUCCAGGUGAAACCAGCGGACAGCGAGAGCCGAGGAGAAGACAGAAAACUCUUUGUGGGCAUGCUCAAUAAGCAGCAGUCAGAAGAUGAUGUGCGCAGGCUAUUCGAGGCAUUUGGCAACAUUGAGGAGUGCACAAUCCUUCGGGGACCCGAUGGGAACAGCAAAGGGUGUGCAUUUGUGAAAUACUCUUCACAUGCGGAGGCCCAAGCAGCCAUCAAUGCCUUGCAUGGCAGCCAGACAAUGCCGGGAGCCUCUUCAAGCCUGGUGGUGAAGUUUGCAGAUACAGACAAGGAGCGUACAAUGAGACGCAUGCAGCAAAUGGCAGGACAAAUGGGCAUGUUCAACCCCAUGGCCAUCCAGUUUGGAGCAUAUGGCGCCUAUGCACAGGCACUGAUGCAGCAGCAAGCCGCAAUCAUGGCGUCGGUGGCGCAGGGUGGCUACCUGAACCCCAUGGCAGCCUUUGCCGCAGCCCAGAUGCAGCAGAUGGCGGCUCUGAACAUGAAUGGCCUGGCAGCCGCCCCCAUGACACCAACCUCAGGUGGAAGCACGCCUCCUGGCAUAACUGCACCAGCUGUGCCUAGCAUCCCAUCUCCCAUUGGGGUGAAUGGUUUCACUGGCCUCCCGCCGCAGGCUAAUGGGCAGCCUGCCACAGAAGCCGUGUUUGCUAAUGGCAUCCACCCUUACCCAGCACAGAGCCCCACUGCAGCAGACCCCUUGCAGCAAGCCUACGCUGGAGUGCAGCAGUACGCAGGUCCUGCUUAUCCUGCUGCUUAUGGCCAGAUUAGCCAAGCGUUCCCACAGCCACCUCCCAUGAUCCCACAGCAACAGAGAGAAGGACCAGAGGGCUGUAACCUGUUUAUCUACCAUCUGCCCCAGGAGUUUGGGGAUGCUGAGCUGAUGCAGAUGUUCCUGCCUUUCGGUAAUGUCAUCUCCUCGAAAGUGUUUGUGGAUCGGGCGACAAACCAAAGUAAAUGCUUUGGUUUUGUGAGUUUUGACAAUCCUGCCAGUGCCCAAGCUGCUAUCCAGGCUAUGAAUGGCUUCCAGAUUGGCAUGAAGAGGCUGAAGGUGCAGCUCAAGAGGCCAAAGGAUGCUAAUCGUCCCUACUAAGGAGUUAUGGGAACCACUGGAUACAAAGCACUAGCACAGGGCAGCAGCUGAAUGGGCCACAAUUAGAAAAAAAAAAAAAAAAAAGUAUAUAUAUAUUAAAAAAACAGGAACUGUUGGAUUACACCUUUGACAUAUCAGCAAAUAUCAAUCAAGCUGAAGACUUCAGACUUAUUCUCUCUUUGAUUGUUUAGACUGUAACAUUUCUUCAAGAAAAGUAUCACAUCUGCUGACUUCGAAGGACAUGCGCUUGAAACAAAACAAACAAACACAUAAGUAAAAUCAGAACAGGAACAAGAUCAACCAGGAUUUCUGAAGAGACACUGAUAUCACCACAGCGGCUUUUCUUCAAACAGGAGAUGCAAACCUGGAUACUGGCAAAGGAGUGCCUGUUUGCCACCAAGGAUGCGGUUACCAUGCGUGACCCAUGGUAACAGUCACUAAGCAUCUUUAUCUGUCAUUCCUUAGCUAUAUAGGGACCAAAGGACAAAACUUUUUACCGCAGACUUGUAGCUGUAUGUAAAAUAUGGAAGUUCUUUCCUUUUCUCUGAGCUGUUCCUAAAACAGUUUUUGAGAGCGAUUAUAUGAAAUAUGUAAAAUUAAAAAAAAAAAAAAAAAUGCUUAAAUGCUUUUAAAACA